UAACCGUUUCCAUAGAAACCAAGCCUCCAGUGGCGCCUCGUCACUUCAACUCCCAGAAUGAAUCGGUGCAGGUUGACCUUAAAACCCGGAAGUGAACGUGUGUUUGUGUUCGGCACAGUUUGGUGUGAAUAGAAGCUUGAGAUUUGGACUUCAGCUGUUCUAUCAUCAUCAUCAUCUAAACCUGACACGUGAACACGCCGUGUCUUUUUAUCACGAUUAUGGAUGAGACGAUGAAGAGGGAGUCCGCAUCUAAACCGAGUGACGCUGCAGAUAAGAAACGAGGGAAAAAACAGAAAACUAAAGCUGCUAGAACCCAGAGAACUCCUCAGAACGGUCCGUCCGGGUCGGACACGGGACACGAGAACCAGUCCGAACCUGACGUGAAGCCCAGGAGCGGAGACCAGAGCACCCCAGCGGAAAAUCACCACACCGAGAGGACUCAUCGUAGACGCCAUAAACACCACAAGACCAAACAAGCUCCUGGAGGAAUGGAGACAGGAACUUCUGAACAUCAAACACACCCAGAUUCAAACCAGACUUCUGAUGAUCGAGGAGAAGAGAAGCAGAAGAGGAGGAAGAGAAAGCAGAAGAAAUCCAGAGAGAACACAGAAGAUAAACUGGUGAAAUCCUGUGGGUCAGGAGCUGUGGAGAAACCAAACACUCCUCUGAGCACUACUAACACUCCAGCUGUGAGCAUGAGUGCGAGUCCAGCAGGACAGACUGGCAGAAUGGACAGAGACAACAGUCGGAGGAACAGAGGGAGGAAGAGACGUCUGUAUGAAGACUACAUGUCCAUUAAAGAUGUGUCUGAUGGACUGAAGAGAGGAGAACUCCUGCAGGGCACGUUGAGGAUAAACCCGAAGAGAUAUCACGAAGCCUUCGUUCCCUCUCCUGACGGGUCGGUGGACAUCUUCCUGGACGGGAUGGUGGUACGGAAUCGAGCUCUGAACGGAGACGUGGUGGUGGUGAAGCUCCUCCCUCCAGAACAGUGGAAGGUGUGGAACGAGGAAAGUGUUGAGAAAGAGAGACCGAGCGAGUCCGGCCCAGAUGUUAUUGUGGAGGCUCAGUAUGGGGAGGAGGAGGAGGAGGAGGAUGAAGAGCUCAGUAAGAAAAUGGAGGCAGCCGCUCUGCAGGAUAAAGUUCCUCCCACAGGAGAUACACACAGUGGCUCAGACAGAAACGUUCAGCGCACCGCCAAGGUGGUGUAUAUCGUGGAGCAGAAACACUCGAGGGCAGUGUCAGGGUUUAUUAAACUCAUUCCUGAUAAACCCUUUGCUCUGUUCUCCCCCUCGGACCACCGAGUCCCUCGAGUGAACGUCCCACUCUCUGGCUGUCCUGCAGAUUUCACCUCACGUCCUGCUGACUAUUCCAACACACUCUUCAUUUGCAGGAUCACACACUGGCCACCUGACAGCCUCUUUGCCCAAGGGCAGUUGAUGAAGUCGUUAGGUCAGGCUGGAGUCAUCGAGCCGGAGACGGAGGCCAUGCUGAUGGAGUACGAUGUGGAUUAUUCCGAGUUCACAGAUGAAGUGUUGGCGUGUCUCCCACAGGGUCGACCCUGGACCAUCCCACCUGAUGAGCUGAGAAGGAGGCGAGACCUCAGGAAAGAGUGCAUAUUUACGAUUGAUCCAGCUACAGCUCGAGACCUGGAUGAUGCUCUGUCCUGUAAGCAGCUUCCUGAUGGAAACUUCGAGAUGGGCGUGCACAUAGCAGACGUGAGUUAUUUUGUGGAGGAGGGAAAUGCUCUGGAUUUCACAGCCAGCAGGAGAUCCACAAGUGUCUACCUCAUCCAGAAGGUGAUCCCGAUGUUGCCACGUCUCCUGUGUGAAGAGUUGUGCAGUUUAAAUCCUCAAACUGAUCGUUUAACAUUCUCCGUCAUCUGGACCUUAUCACCGGAGGGGAAGAUCCUGAGUGAAUGGAUGGGUCGCUCAGUGAUCUGCUCGUGUGUGAAGCUGAGUUAUGAUCACGCUCAGAGUAUGAUCGAGUCUCCUCUUAAAGAGUUUGGAGCUGAUGAACUUCCCCCAGUGUCUCCUGAACACUCGGUGGAGAGGAUCGUCCAGGCCGUCCUGCACCUUCACGCCAUCGCCUCUCACCUGCGUGCACAGCGCUUCAGGGGCGGAGCUUUACGUCUUGACCAGAUGAAGUUGGCGUUUACUCUGGACUCUGGCUCAGGGAUGCCCCAGGGCUGCUACGUCUACCAGUACAGAGACAGCAACAAGUUGGUGGAGGAGUUCAUGUUGUUAGCUAACAUGGCGGUAGCUCAUCAGAUUUACAGCUCGAACCCCGGGCUGGCUCUCCUGCGACGUCACGCGCCUCCUCACAGUCGGUUGAUGGAAGCUCUUCAGGAGCUGUGCGAUCACAUCGGACUCAACAUAGACAUGAGCUCGGCUGGAGCGCUGCAUAGGAGUCUGGAGGAGACAGUUGGAGACGAUGAGUACAGUGCAGCCAGGAAAGCCGUCCUCACACACCUGUGUGCCAGACCCAUGCAGAUGGCAUUGUAUUUCUGUACAGGAGUUCUGCAGGAUGAGAAGUUGUUCCAUCACUAUGCUCUGAAUGUACCACUCUACACACACUUCACCUCCCCCAUCCGCCGCUACACAGAUAUUAUCGUCCACCGCCUGCUGGCUGCUUCACUCAAGUGCGGUCCUCGUGUUCGUCUCACCCAGGACGAUGUGCAGAAUCAGGCGUCUCACUGUAAUGAUAAGAAGACGGCAUCUAAGAGGGUUCAGGAGAUGAGUACAGAGUUGUUCUUCAGCGUUUUCGUCAGGGAGUGUGGGCCUCUGGACUCGAAGGCAAUGGUGAUGGGGAUGCUGGAUAAAUCCUUUGAUGUGUUGGUGCUGAACUACGGAGUUCAGAAAAGGAUCUACUGUAAUGCCAUCGAGGGGCUGCAGUCGUUUACGUUCCGUAAAGUUGGUAAACGGCCUGAGAUGACCCUGGUGUGGAGUCCCAGUGAACUAGAAGAUGAAACCGUUACACAGGAACUCUCCCUGUUCUCCGUGGUGGAUGUGCGGCUGACUGCUGGUGAAGGUCCUCUUAAAUAUAGUGCAGUCCUGAUGAGACCCUCAGACACCCAGUCCUGAACACCAACCAAGCAGAGUGUCUGAUUUUACCUGAAACACACACACACACACACACACACACACACCCCCAGUCCUGAACACCAACCAAGCAGAGUGUCUGAUUUUACCUGAAACACACACACACACACACACACACACACCCAGUCCUGAGUCCAGACACCAACCAAGCAGAGUGUCUGAUUUUACCUGAAACACACACACACACACACACACACACACACACACACACACACCCAGUCCUGAACACCAACCAAGCAGAGUGUCUGAUUUUACCUGAAACACACACACACACACACACACCCAGUCCUGAGUCCAGACACCAACCAAGCAGAGUGUCUGAUUUUACCUGACACACACACACACACACACACACACACACACACACACACACACACACCUUAUUAUUAUAUAAUAUCCCACAGUAUCUGUUUAACCCGUAAACAUGCGGUUAUUAUAUUUGUGAUUAUCACUUUAUUAGUAAUGACUUUUAUCUGCACAUUAAUGGAGUUUAUAAUCUCAGGAUUAAAAACUCGAGGACACUAAUAAUUAUUAUAAACCAGGACUAAAUACAUGUCCUAUUUAUUUUAUACUAAUGUGGUCAUUUUUAAUCUAAUAUUAUUCCCUUUCUUUAUCAUUACACACUACACAGCUGAUUACCCACAAUCCCACAGUGCAGUGUGUGUGUCCUGUAGUCACCUGGAACUUCAUGUCAGAUCCUGCUGCAGGUCUCAUUUCUGUUAGAAACAUCACAUACAGGUGUUCAAGUUCAUUCUCAAGCAGGACAGCAUCACAGCACACACACUGCAUCACAACCUGUGUGUGUGUGUGUGUGUGUGUGAGAUGAUUCAGUUCUCCCAGUGGGAGGAGUUUAAUGUUAUAUUUUAACACAGAUUUGUGUGUUGAUAGUUUUUCCUGCACGUGUGACGUCUCCGCUGACUGUCUCGGUGCUUUUAUUUUUAUUUUAACUCCAUAUUUGUGUUUUAUUUUGUGUUGAUGAUGAACUGUCACACUCUCGCUGAGGAGAAUUAAAUUAUUUCCAUUCAGGAAAACAUUA